AGAAUUAUCCCGGGUUUAAAAGGCAUGUCGUAUGCAGACAGCCUAAAAGAAUUGAAUCUAUUCAGUCUAGAACAAAGACGUGGCGAUCUGAUUCAAACAUUCAAAAUCCUAAAAGGUAUAGACAAUGUCAACCCAGGGAACUUUUUUGACCUGAAAAAAGAAACAAGGACCAGGGGUCAAAAAUGGAGAUUAGCUGAAGGGGCAUUCAGAACAGAAAAUAGGAGGCACUUUUUUACACAGAGAAUUGUGAGGGUCUGGAACCAACUCCCCAGUAAUGUUGUUGAAGCUGACACCCUGGUAUCCUUCAAGAAGCUGCUUGAUGAGAUUCUGGGAUCAAUAAGCUACUAACAACCAAACGAGCGAGAUGGGCUGAAUGGCCUCCUCUCGUUUGUAAACUUUCUUAUGUUAUGUUCUUAUGUUCUUAUGCCUCUUUGCUUUCUUUCACAUCAUGUGUACGCGUAGCUGUGAGACAGACCAUAAAAUGACCAGUCUGUAUAACCCCUGGUUUAUAACUCCCACAUAUUAAUAUGAAUAACUUGCAAAUAGACAUUGCUUAAUUUACUCCUUAGCAUCAAGACUUUCAUGGGGUGCAACACCAUUCUUUUAUUUAUGAGUUUGUAUGUAGGAGUUAUAAACCAUUAUAUGAGGUAGCGUGCUGUACAAUGUAAAAGAGAAUAUUUAUGAGUACUUUGUGUAUUCAUAACUAGAGAUUACUAACAGGCAGUUGUAUUGUUUUAACAUUUUACCCCUACCAUGCUAAGAGAUACCAACUUAUGGGAUGUUAUGUGGUUUCUCCCAUAUGUAACCAGUUGAAUUUCUUUCUCAUUUAACAUUAAACCUUAAAAGGCAGGGGACAUCCCCUCAGAAAAAAAGAAUGGGGAAGCCUGAAAAGGGUAAAACAGCACAGCAGACACCCUCCAGUGCUACCAAAUACAAAAUAAGCUGAAUUAGUGUCUCAUUUAAUGUUAACCCUUAAAAGACAGGGGGUGCCAAAUAUUAGGCUGUAGCUGUAUACCAUAAAAAUAAUUAUAAUCAUAAUAAUAACAAUAACAACAAUAACAACCAUUGCUGUACAUGAAUUUAAAGGCAAAAAUACACGUCAGUGUUUGCCUUAAAUUACAUAGUGGAUAAAUAUUAGAAAUAAUUAUCACAACGAGUUUUGCCUUUCCCCAAUUUACCAUCUUUUCAUAAUUUGCACAAAAGUUUCUAAAAUGGCAAGUGAUGUGUGAGAUAGUAGGGAUUAACAUUAACAAAACAGGAUCAACAAAAUGCUGCUUCAGAUUUGGUAAGCGAGUCAGAAUCAGGAGAUACAGAUGUAGGUAUGCUUCACGCUUUUCAAACACUGGCCCAACUUGCAAGGUACAUGUUAAGUGUUUUAUUCAUUGGCACUCAAAUUGUCUACAUUUUUUAAAUGUUUACACCCGGCAGCAGAACGAGUACCUGCACUUUUCUGUUUAGAAUUUCACCCCUGGAUAAAUGUGUUGCAUUCUAUGGACACGCCUUGUGUUGAUGUCACCGUGUAAGUGAAAAAAGGCUUGGGGUCUUUUUUGUUUGUUGUUGUUUUUAGGCCUACCUACUGUCUUGACACAACAUAUUAAACUCCUCGUGUUCUGCCCGGUGGAUCCCUGCCUCCAUCUCAUGAGAUUACUAAUACUAAACAGUGAGGGGCAGCAGGUGCUCCUCCUACUAUUAUAAAGAGACUCCGUUUUAAUUAAAAGAAAUCCAGGCACUCUUAACCCAGUAGCGGAUCAAAAAUAAAGGAAGAAUAAUCGAGACAGAUUUUUUCAUUCCAGCUUUAGUGCUUUUUGUAUUACCUUAUACAGUACUUGAGAGAAAAAUGGUCCAUGAAAUCGAGGAUAAGGAUCAGUUUGACAAAGCUCUGAAGAAUGCUGGUUCUAAACUGGUCAUUGUGGAUUUCACAGCUACGUGGUGUGGGCCAUGCAAAUCAAUUUCCCCCUUUUUUUAUGCACUUGCUGAAAAAUAUAAAGAUGUCGUGUUUCUAAAAGUUGAUGUGGAUGAGGCUCAGGAUGUGGCUGAAGCGUGUCAAAUCAAGUGCAUGCCAACAUUCCAGUACUACAAAAAUGGCAAAAAGAUCGAUGAGUUUGCAGGAUCAAACAGGGAGACGCUAGAACAAAAGCUUAUGGCUAAUAAAUAACAGUAUAUUAACAAAAAAAAUAGAAUAUUUUAUAUUUUGUGUUCUAAUUUGAUACUAAAGGAAUCUUCAAACUUUACAAUGAACUCUUUUUGUUGUUGUUGUUGAUUCACAUCACUGCAGUACUCUUUAUUUCAUUGUGAAAUUACACUACAUGCACUCACUCUUUGGGCUUUAUUCAUAGAUUUUGUGAACAAUGUUCAAUAAACUAGUUCUAAGCUCCUUUCACACUGACACUCCUACCCAGGGCCCGACCCGGCUUCUGUCUACCCAGGUCACAAUCCUGCAUAGUGUGAAACCACGUACCUGAGUCAUACCCAGGUUAACACAGGUCCCAGCAACCCACCUCAGGAUGUGGGUCGACACGCUUUGACUCGGGUUGAGCAAGACAAAAUGCAUGACGGCUGUUCGUAAGCCGACAAAAUAACAAACAGCCACGACUGCAUGAAGGUUUCACUUCCUCAAGCAACAUUUCUGUUUAUUCUGUUUUGUCAUAUUUUUAUUGAUUGAGACACACCAUGAGCCAGAUUGCAGCAGGGAUAAAGAAACAUUUGCUAUUUUCAACAUUUGUGCCGACAGUUCAAUCCAGAGAAGCUUGGAUGGAAGCGUCAGUAACAAGCUGCUUCUUGGGCAUUGAUACGCGUAUUGUGCACUUGCAUCUGUCACCCAGGUCAACCCUGCUUCAUCAAAAUGACACCAGGUUCUGACUCGGGUAGAGCAUGCCAGUGUGAAAGGGGCUUUAGACUGGUGGCUUAUUGAAUAUGGAAAGUGUCAUGAAUGUCACUUUAUUUGUUCAUGAAAAUUGACCUUAAAAAAAGAAUCCCCCGACAUUCUUUAAAAUGUUGUCAGAUUUAGAUUCAAUUAAUAAAGAAAUGCUUGGCUAUCUGCCAGAUUUUGAAGUCAUAUCGGUGAAAGUGACCAGGAAAAUGUAAUUAUUUAAUUGUAAAGCUUUUAUGUAUUUCUAAAUUAUAUUUUCUGACCAUGGAAAGCUGUUGUGGCAAACAAUAACUGAAUAUAUUAACUAGACUGUCAUGCAGACCUGAAUAAAAAGUUUUCAAAGGCCA